AUGGCUAAAGGAUUCAAGUUGAAGCAGUUGCUAUCGCACCACAAGGAAGUUCAAAAAGCUGAUAAGCUUGAGAAUGACUUAAAGAUGAAGAAAUCCCAACAACUUAAAAAAGAAGAGCCAACCGUUAUCUCAGCCACUGAUUUGGAAAAAAUCGAAGAGCAAAAGAAGAACGCUGUUGCUAAGAAAGAACCCGCUGCUGAUGUCGAAGAAUACCAAAGUCAAGCCAUGUCAAAGAAAGAUAAAAGAAAAUUGAAGAAAGAAUUGAAGAAGAUGCAAGAAGAGAAGGCGCCAGAGGUUCAGAAGGACGCCUCCGAAGAAGAAGAGGAAGAAGAGGAAGAGGAACAAGAAGGAAGACUCGAUCUUGAAAAGUUGGCUAAGAGUGAUUCCGAGUCUGAAGAUGAGUCUGAAGAAGACGAGGAAGAGGAAAUCGUCGCUGAAGAAGAAGAAAAAGAAGAAGAAGAAGAGGAGGAGGAAGAUCAAGACGUUCCAUUGUCCGAUGUUGAAAUUGAUUCUGAUGCAGACAUUGUUCCACAUCAUAAACUAACUAUCAACAACACCAAGGCCAUGAAACACGCUUUCGAAAGGGUACAACUGCCAUGGAAAAAGCAUUCCUUCCAAGAGCACCAAAGUAUCACAGCCAUAACCAAUACAGAUGAACAGAUCAAGGACAUAUAUGAUGAUACCGAGAGAGAAUUAGCUUUUUACAAGCAAUCAUUAAAUGCUGUCGUAGUUGCACGUGAAGAAUUGAAACGACUAAAGGUCCCAUUCAAGAGACCAUUGGACUAUUUUGCUGAAAUGGUUAAAAGCGACGAGCACAUGGACAAGAUCAAGGGUAAGCUGGUUUAUGAGGCUAGUGACAAGAAGGCACGCGAAGACGCUAGAAGACAACGACAAUUAAAGAAGUUCGGUAAGCAAGUCCAACAUGCCACUCUGCAGAAACGUCAACUGGAAAAGAGAGACACAUUGGAUAAGAUUAAGUCUUUAAAGAACAAAAGAAAGCACAACGAGAUUGAUCACUCUGAGUUCAAUGUCGGUGUGGAGGAAGAAAUGGAAGGAAAGAAGUCCGACAGAGGCAGGCCCAACGGCAAGAGAGCCGCAAAGAAUGCCAAGUACGGUCAAGGUGGAAUGAAGAGAUUCAAGAGAAAGAACGACGCAGACUCCACUGCCGAUGUCACCGGAUUCUCCUCCAGAAAGAUGAAGGGUAAGACCAACAGGCCAGGAAAGAACAAACGUACCAAAAGAUUCUAA